CAGGAUUUUUAUCAAUUUAAGAGAAAACAUAAGAAAUUGAUACCUUUGUUAGCAACCUUAAUUGCUCAUCCAUUUAUGAUACUUUCUUUAUAAAGAAGUGUAUGUUACUGAUUGGCAUGAAUAUCACUAUACUCACUUUGAAUAAACAGGACCUUCGUUUUUUGAAACAAAUGGCACUUACAUUUUUAAUGAGCUUCGGUCCGUUUAACGAUGACUACAUUGUAAUAAUGUAUUACAUCAUUUUGACGAUUGUUUGCACCUUUUUGAUAGCACUUGUCGUUGGAGGGUUUUGGAUGAUACUAGUUGUAUAUAAAGUAAGUUCGAUUUAUAACACUAUGGCUUUUUUGGAAAUUUCAUAAAAAUCAUGAAAUAAAGUUUGUAAAUUUGUUUUAAAUUUCAGAAAAAUCGUGAAAUGAUGAAGCCUUUAAUGAUAGUUCAAUCGAUUCAGCCAGUUAUGAUUUAUUUAUUUUAUGUGAUGUUUAUUCUGCAAUAUGUAUUAGAAGUUUACGCAAAAUUAUUAAAACUAGGAUGAUCAGGUACGCACCCUUUCCAUCAUACCACUUUUG